AUGUCUUCAGUCAAAACAGCUAAAAGCAAUCCAUUGAUACUUCCUCUUGGUCCUCUCAACGGCCGAACAACCACAGGCAAAUACAACAUCGAUCUCAAUGACGAUGGGAAGCCUUUGGCCACCGAGCAGCAUGGCUCAAAGGACUUUCAUCUUUUCAAUGGCCGCCAACAUGCCAAUCCCAGCCCUGCGUUGAUCUCGGAGCGUCCUAUUGAUCAGCCGCGGCCACUGAAACUCAUCUACAUCGGUGCAGGCAUUUCAGGAAUUGUCGCUGCCAUUCAGUUUCUGAAGGCUGUGCCGCACUUGGAAUUGACUAUUUAUGAGAAGAAUCCCGAACUAGGAGGGACAUGGUUCGAAAAUAGAUAUCCAGGCUGCGCGUGUGAUGUGCCGUCUCACACUUAUCAGCCUAGUUUUGAGUCAUGGACUAAAUGGAGCCACUUCUUCUCUGGAUCAGAAGAGAUUCUCGAGUACUGGAAAUGUGUGGCCCAGAAAUACAAUGUUCGGAAACAUAUACAUUUCAAUCGGCGAUGUAUCGAAGCACGAUGGAACGAUACCACCAACUUAUGGACUGUCCAAAUCCAAGACGUACUUACUGGAGAUACUUUCGAAGACUCGGCCGACGUGCUGAUGACUGGAACGGGCCUGCUUAACGAGUGGAAGUGGCUUUCAAUACCUGGUCUAGAUUCCUUUAAGGGACAUCUGCUCCACAGCGCUAGCUGGGACGAAGGCUUCAAUCCUGAGGGAAAAGCCGUAGCCGUAAUCGGCUCCGGAAGCACCGCAGUCCAGAUCGUCCCCGCAAUCAUCGACGAAGUCAAGUCUAUGGACCACUACAUUCGUGGAGGGACAUGGAUAUCCAACCAACACGGUAGCUCUAACCUUGCUGCACGAACAAACAAUCACGCUAUGAAUUUUCGCUACACGGAAAAAGAGAAGCGGGAGUGGCGGGAUGACCCAUCAUCAUACCUCAAGUAUCGCAAGGAACUAGAGCUAGAGAUCCAGAGCCAAUUCGCCAUUUCCCAACGGGAUAGCGAUAUCCAGAAGACUGCGACAGCACAACUCCGAGCGGGCAUGCGGGAGAGACUAAAAGCAAAACCCGAGCUACUGGAUCUCCUGCUUCCUGAUUUUCCUCCGCUCUGUAACCGGUUGACACCUGCUCCUGGAUAUCUGGAGGCUUUAGUAUCGCCGAAAGUCAAUGUAAUUGGCACACCAAUUGCUCGUGUCGAUGAAUCUGGUAUUAUCACCACAGAUGGUAAACAUCGCCCCGUGGACGCGAUCAUCUGCGCAACUGGCUUCGAGAAGAACCUAGGGGCCAAUUUCCCAAUUAUAGGUCGUGAUGGUAGCAGCCUUCGUGACAAGUAUGCCAACCGGCCAGAGACAUAUUUAGGCCUUUGCACCGACGGAUUCCCCAAUUUCUUCCAGUCCCUGGGACCCAAUUCAUUUCAAGGCGCAGGAAAUCUCCUCAUCAUGAUAGAGCAGACACAUGCAUAUGUCGCGCAGAUAUUAUCGCGAAUGGCCUAUGGCAAUGUUGGGACCGUAGAACCAAAGCGGAAACAGGUCCUAAAUUUCACCAACUACGCAGAGAAGUAUUUUGAGCGAACGGUCUACAGCUCUGAAUGCAACAGUUGGUACAAAUCACCUCCUGCCGGCGCAACAACUCUGCAGCAGCGUAAGAGCGGUCGUGUUACUGCUCUUUGGCCCGGAAGUAGCCUCCAUGCUAUUAGAGCACUUGAACAUGUGAGGUGGGAAGACUUUGAGACUACAGCAUAUGACGGUAAUGAGUUUGGGUGGUUCGGAAAUGGUUGGGCUGAGGUGGAGAAUUCUUCGGAGAGAGGAAAUCCGGAUGCAAUGGCCUGGUACAUGAACCGGACGUCGUUUCUUGAUGGUGGUGGUUAG